UCAAAUAACGCCGAUCUGGUCGCGCUUGGUUUGCUUCUGUCUUAUUUUUCGUUUCCUUCGUUUUAUUGGACUAUUUUUAAGUUCUUAUGGAGUCUAAAGAUAUUCAUCCAAUCCGCGGAGGAAUGCGACGGCGACGUGCGGCCUGCCUCUUUGUCUUUUGGUGCUUUUUUCUGAAUGCGACCGAGGCCCAAAUCCGCUACUCAAUCCCCGAGGAGAUGAAAAAAGGCUCGCUGGUGGGAAAUGUGGCCCAAGAUCUCGGUUUGGAUCUGAAAAGACUCCGUUCUGGGCGGGCCCGCAUCGUCACCGGGGAGAACGUCCAGUACGCCGAGCUGAGGGCGGACAAAGGGCUCCUGGUUGUCCGUGAGAGGAUCGACCGAGAACGGCUGUGUGGAGACGUGACGCCGUGCAGCUUCACCUUCGAGAUUUUGUUGGAAAACCCCAUGGAAUUGCACCCCGUCACCAUCGAGGUGGUGGACGUCAACGACAACGCCCCCACUUUUGAAAAUAAUCAUUUGCGAUUUGAAAUAAGCGAGUCUGCUGCACUUGGCUCCCGUUUUGUUUUGGAGAGUGCGUAUGAUGCUGAUGUGGGAACAAAUGGCGUGCAGAGUUACAUUUUGACACCGAGUGAUAAUUUUGUGUUAAAGCAACACGUCAGUCCAGGGGGAAGUAAAUAUGCAGAAAUGGUCCUGCAGAAAUCCUUGGACAGGGAACAACAGCCGCGGCUUUCACUUAAAUUAGUGGCUGUGGAUGGAGGAAGUCCACAGAAGUCAGGUACAGUAAAUAUAGAAAUUAACAUUUUAGAUGCUAAUGAUAAUGUUCCCGUCUUUAAUCAAUCCAUUUAUAAAGCAAAGGUGAUUGAAAAUGCCCCAGUCGGGACCCUCGUCCUGACUGUGAAUGCAACCGAUGCUGAUAGUGGUUCAUAUGGAAAAGUAACUUACUCAUUUUCAAAUUCGAAAGCCGGAAUAUUAAAUUUUUUUCAAAUAGAUGAGAUGACAGGAUGCAUUUCUGUCAUAAACCAAAUUGAUUAUGAAAAAGACAAAACAAUCGAGUUCAUGGUUGAAGCCAAAGAUCAAGGAGGGCUGAGUGAGUCUACAAAAGUGGAAAUUGAAGUAUUGGAUAUGAAUGACAAUGCCCCCAUCCUCAAUGUGAUGUCCUUCACGAGUCCAGUUUCAGAAGACUCCCCCGCCGGUACCACCAUUGGCAUCGUGAAUGUGAAGGACCAGGAUUCCGGUGACAACGGUCACGUGACCUGCGCAAUCGAAGGCCGCGUUCCAUUUCGAAUUAAGUCCAACUUGAGAAAUUAUUUCACCUUGAUGACCGAUGCCGAUUUCGAUCGCGAAACUGUGUCCGAAUAUAAUAUCACAGUUGUUGCGUCUGACGCCGGCUCGCCCCCCCUCUCCACCAAGAGAACUUUUCAUUUGAAAGUUUCGGACGUCAACGACAAUGCACCUGCGUUUCCGGUCAGCUUUUAUCAAGCCACCCUCGCAGAAAACAACUCACCGGGUGCUUCUGUGCUGAGAGUGAGUGCCAAAGACCCGGACGAAAACCAGAACGCUCGUGUCUCCUACAUGUUGGAGCCGGGCGAGAUCGGGGGAACUCCCGUGGCCGAAUUUGUGUCUGUCAACGCCCAAAGUGGAAUUAUCAGCGCCGUGCGCUCCUUGGACUACGAGCAAAUCAAGCGUCUGGACUUUGUGGUGCGAGCGCAGGACGGAGGCUCCCCUCCUCUCUUCAGCAACGUGAGCGUGGGCGUCCUGAUCCGGGACCAGAACGACAACGCCCCUCAGGUCCUGUACCCGGUCCAGACGGGCGGCUCGGGGCCGCACGCCGAAAUGGUGCCUCGUUCGGCGGACGCGGGCUACCUGGUGACGAAAGUGGUGGCGGUGGACGUGGACUCUGGCCAGAACGCCUGGCUCUCCUACAAAGUGCAGCAGAAAUCUUCCCCCGACAGGGGGGCGCUGUUUGAAGUGGGCCUCCACAAUGGAGAAAUGCGAACCGUCCGCCAAGUGACCGAUAAAGAUGCCGUCAAACAAAGACUGACCGUCGUCGUGGAGGACAACGGGCAGCCCUCUCGUUCGGCUACGGUGGUGGUUAACGUGGCGCUGGCGGACGGCUUCCCCCAAGUGCUGAGGUCGGAGUUCGCCGACGAGGACGAGCGGGAGGCCGACGAGCGGCUGACUUUUUACCUGGUCUUGGCUUUGGCUGUGGUCUCCUUCCUCUUCGUGGUCUGCUUGCUGCUCAUCAUAUCGGUCAAAGUGUACAGGUGGAGACAGUCUCGCGUCCUGUACGGCUCCAACCUCCCCGUCAUUCCGUAUUAUCCGCCGCGCUACUCCGACACUUUGGGGACGACGGGGACUCUCCCGCACGUCUACAAUUACGAGGCCUGCGCCACCGCCGGCUCUGCCAAAAGUGCGGCCGGUCACAACGUGCUGCUAGUAGACGCCAGUUCGACGGGCACCGUGCACAAGUUGCAGAGCGAAAACAACAUCCUGGACGAACUUGACUCCCCUCUGGAGGUUAGUUUACCUUCUUUUAUUGUGGAAUGUUCUGUCUUGAAUGGGAAAAUGGCCCCUCCCUUAUGAGCUGUGUGGUUUUGCUCGAGUUCAAUUGCUCGCUGAGAAUCACACACAGUUGCAGUUGCAGUGAAGUGAAGACUGAGCACUACGGCGAGCUGAGCAUUGUCUUUCUAACUAAAGUUGUUGCUAUAUCCACAUGAUGAUGGCCAGGUCCCAAGGUUGAAAACCGUGUUGAACCCCGCGGCUUCGAUGAUCACUGAACCGUCGACGACGCACAGUUGGUUUGAAUGAUGACAGAUUUGUUGUGAAAGAGGUCAAUAUAGUGCUUUUAAAUCAAUCAAUGAAUUAAAUAUGUGAGCAUGUAUCAAACACCAAUCAUGGUAUCCCGUACACUCGAGGUUUUUUUUACUGCGGUUUCUUAUUUUUCAACAAUUUGGUGGAUUUACGGUUGAGCCCAUCUGUCUCGCCGUAAGUGCCAACGUCUUUGCGGGGUUUUCUUCUUCUCCUGUUGUUGGCAAGUUUUCCUCCCAAACCUCUAAAACGACCUUGGUAAUUGUCUUAAUGUGAGGUAGCACCUGUACUUUGAGGUGUAAAUGUGACGUGGGAUUGAGUGGCAACUCGUCCAGGCUUGAACCCGCCCGGCACCCAAAUUCAACCAGGAUAAGAUCCAAUUACGUCCGAUAUGAAGUUGCUGGCUGGACUGAUGCAUGGAACUGAUGUCUUAUAUUUGCAGUGAACUGGCUUGAAUGGGAUUAACAUUCUCGUUUUUUUUGUCAUUUUAUUUGAGAUGGACACGCAUUGUUCCCUAAGAAGCUUGAAGCCUUAUCGGCAAGGUCAUGUUGAAUAAUAAUAUUAAUAACUGUUGAAAAUCUGAAUCCUCAGGACCCUCUGCCAAAAUCCGAUGAAACUAGAAAUGUGCAGAACUGUUAAAUUCUUUUUUUUUUUUUUUCAUCCUGAAUGUUGUUUGUUGAAGAAAAAAAACUGAGCAGGAUGGCGAUGAAUGUGUCAGUUUUGAUAAGCUUCUAGGUUGAUGGACAGAAGCCUCGUUUUGUCGAAAAUCAAAACUUCUGACAGUU